GGAGUACACAAAUAGUUUAGAUUAAAUUAUAAUUUGCAUUUGUAACGUAGAUACAUUGUGGCUUACUUAUUCAACUACUAUACUCCCAAUCAAAAAAUAGUUUACAACUCGUAGAAACGAAGGAGUCAAGUCGGACUCAGCAAUACAAUGAAAAUUUUUAUUGUUUUGGUGAUUUCAUCGUGUCUGUUUGUAGUUAAUUGUGCAUUUGUUGAUAAAAACGAUGCUUAUCAAAAAAUGAUUAAGGCCUUAGAAGACUACAAAACGACCGGAAAAAGGCCAUCCUACCUCGAAACGGCCGCGAGAAAAUUCAAUACACCAAACCUUUUGCAAAAUCCUUCUCUUGCUUACAAAAACGAAUUUUGCACAACUUGCGGUCUGAUAGUAGAUCUAAUGUUUUAUCAAAGAAAAUAUGGCGGCAUCAGCGACAUCGAUUUCACCAAGGAAGUCGAAUUUUUUUGCAACCUCUUCAGCGGCAACAACGAGCGGGUUUGCAAAGGAUACGCGAGUCUCAAUGCGCCGGUAUUUAUGUACAUCAUAGAUCACAAGCAGAACAUAACUGGCGCUGAAGCUUGCGGCAUAUCCUACCAAUAUCAAGGAUGCGAAUUACCAGAAACGUUCGAUUGGUCUAUAGAAAUACCUCCAGGAAACACCGUGCAAAAACCGCAGUCGACAGGUAGGAAUUCCUUCAACAUUCUACACAUUACCGACAUUCAUUACGAUCCGAGAUACGCAGAAGGUAAAACUAAUAACUGCGGAGAGCCAGUGUGUUGUCAAAACGAUCAACCGGAUGGAAUCACGUCUGAGGAUACUUGUGGAUAUUGGUCAGAUUAUAUAAACGCGGAUAUACCAUGGAGGACUGUCAUGGAGGCUUUAGAUGAAACGAAAAAACAACAAUACGACUACGUAUAUUUCACUGGCGACAUUAUAGCGCACAGGACUUGGAACACUAGCGUCUUGGACAACACUCAAAUUAUUGCUCAAAUAAUGGAUGCGUUAGAUCAGACUUACAAAGUACCGGUCUACGUGGCUUUAGGAAAUCACGAAGCUCAUCCCCCCAAUCUUUACUCGGAAAUACAGAACGACGAUUUAUUUUCGACGAAAUGGCUGUAUAAUAUUUUAUUGCAAAAGCUCUCCAAGUGGAUUCCGAUUGAUGAAGCCAAGGAAACAAUUCUCAAAGGCGGCUACUACACGGUAUCUCCCAGGAAGGGUUUCAGAAUAGUUGUGUUAAAUAACAACGUUUGCAAUACAGAUAAUUGGUGGUUAGUUUAUAAUUCUCGAGAUCCCUACGAUCAACUGAAAUGGUUGACAGGAGUACUGUUGAAAGCAGAGCAAAACAACGAAAGAGUGCAUCUUCUGCAUCACGUUCCAUCAGGUCGCAAUGAAUGCUUCCGAAUUUGGUCGCGGGAGUUUAGAAAAAUUAUAGACCGAUUCGCAAAUACAAUUGCAGCCCAGUUUAACGGCCACACGCAUAGAGAUGAGUUUUACAUUUACUACAAUCGCUCGAACCCAGAUCAAGCCGUUAAUACAGCCUGGAACGGAGCAUCAAUUGUCACUUAUGAUAAAGCGAAUCCCAGCUACAAACUUUUAUCUAUCGACGAACAAACAUUAGACUUAUUGGAUUUUGAAGAAUGGACAUUCAAUUUAACGUUAGCAAAUUUGAAUCGCGAUAAAAAACCCCAAUGGUACAAACUGUACUCUUUUAAAGACGCUUACGGUGUAAACAGCUUGGAUGCCACUGAAAUUAGUAAAUUAGUUUACAAAAUGACCAAAAAUCAUCAGUUGAUAGAUCAGUAUUAUCGGUUUAAAUUUAGAAAUAGCGAUGCAGCUCUCAAAGAAGGUUGUGAUGACGAUUGUAAAAAAGAUUUGCUGUGCACAAUGGUAAAAACUGAAUUUGCAGACGAUGUGGUUUGCGAUAAAGUCAAAAAACUGUACGAUCAAUUCACAAAUGUUGAACUAAACUUACUAUAGAAUGUGACUUAGAUGUUUUAAAGCAUUAAAAAUGUAAUUAGUUGCAUUGAUUAAUCCCGA